UUUUACGAACAUGUCCACCAACGCUGAUGCCGAUGACGAAUACUUAGAUGACCCGAUCACAUUGUUGAAUAUUGAGGACAUCAAAACAGAAAUUUUGGAUGAAGGUAAUUAUCAAAUAAUCAACGUCAGUUCCGACGAAGAGGAAACGUACACUUCAGCCUACGGGAAGAAGAACUUUGUACUGCCGGUAACAUUCUUUGAUAUAUCUAGAAACGUUAAACAGCUCAACAAGUGUAAGCCAUUGAGCAUCAGAAUAGUUGACUGCAAACAACAUCCCACGUACUAUACCAAGGAGCAAGAGAAAUGUGAGAAUAAGUCUGAUAAAAGUGGCGUAGAAGUAGAAAAUAAAUGUAAUACUAAUAGCGAAACUAAAUCGAAUAAUGUUAAUGCAGAAGGCAUUGUCAAUAUUACUCAUACGACAGAAAACGUCGGUGAAAAGUCGAUUAAGGAAGGAAAGAAGAAACGUCAGAGUGAUUCUUUCUAUGAGAAACUAAAGAACAGCAAAGAAAAGAGGAAACGAAUGGCUCUCAACUGUAAAGAUUUGAGUAGAGUUGAUUUUAAAAGAAACACAGGACUCGUGGGAUUGAAAAUAACAGAUACAAUUUUCAGACAAAUUGUAGAUACAGAAAAUGCCUUGAUUAAUGCUAAAUGUAGCUCUGUUGAAACCAAACCCAAGGAUAAAAAUCAAAACUAUGCAGAAAAGCCAAUCACCUCGAAAAAUAUCACUUCUGAUAAUAAAUGUAAUAAACAACAUAAUAGCGUUGUAGAAAAAGCAUUGGAUAUGGAAAAGUUUAUAAGUAAUGAAAAGAAAUGUGCCGAAAUUAAUGAAAAAUAUCACAGUGGUUCAGGAAAGAAGUUACUGUAUACAAAAAAGACUAUAAGUUCUGAUGAUAACUCUAGAGGAAAUAUGGCAAAUGCUAUGGAAAAUUGGCCUAUAAAGCAAAGUACAUAUGUGGAAAAUAAAUCUAAUGAUAAGAAUGAAAGUGACAUACAAAAAGCAUAUAUUGUACCCAAAAGUCUUGACAGUGAUAAAAAUAAAACUAAGGAAAAAAGUGAAACUAUUGCAGAUAAAGAAAUUAAAACGAACACAAAAUCUGUUGUUAAAUGUAAAGAAAAAAAUCCAGAGAAUGGUGAAAAAGCUUUAAUUAGAAACCGAUGUAACCCCAAAGAAGAAAAGUCUAAGGACGAAGUGUUUGAAUGUAAUAAAUAUAUGAAAAAAGUUGGUGCUACUUUGAAUAACCUGGGGACCUGUGUCAUACCGCUUACAAAUAAUCAUACACCCAAAAGUUCACACAACAAUUCUGAAACUAAGAGUAUUAAGGCAGGAAUAAGCCAAAACACGGACAAGGACGUUAAAGUCAAAUUAGAUAAUAACAAAGUGAGUAGCGAAAAACGAUGUAGUUUAAAAAUAUUGAGUAAUAAUGUUAAUGAAAACGCACUUAAACUUAAGAAAACUAAACCUGAAAAUAAAACCGCAGCUAAUAUAGUGCUGCAACAAAAUUCAAAGAAUCCGCACGCUAAAGUUAAUGAAAUUGCUACUAAUGUUCUUUUAAAACGUAGCAAUAUUGAGUGUUCCGUGAUUUCCGAUAAAGCCAAAGAGCCAACUAAAAGUACGAGUAGUAAACAAGAAGACUCUAACGUAACGAAACAAGUCGACAAAGUUGUCGUUAAAGAUGCAAGCAGAGAACAGGCUGGUCCUAACUCUCCCGUCAUACCCUGUACUACCAUUACAAUUAGAGCUGCUACGUCUAAAUCAGCUCCAAAAGAAACUUCAGCUAAGGUUAAUAAUACUACUAAAAAACAGAUUUCCUCUACAAAUCAAUCGGAUUUAACCAACUCCAAACGUACACCCACUUUAAGGCCAAAUGAACCUGCCGUAUCAGAGGCGAAUAUAAAUAAAAAUAGUCCUUUGAUGUGCAACCAACACACGUCUAAUAUAAAAACAUUGAAAAUCACUGAAUUAAAAAAAAGAAGCAAUGAUUCGCGUGCAUCACUUAGUAAUUUGGAAUACAAUGUUUCAGUCAUGAACAAACGCGCAUUUUCCGAUCCGAAUGUGCCCAAUAUAAACAAGACCAAAGGAGCUGACAUGUUAAAUACCACAGUUAAACCAUCUACACCUACUGGUAACACCACGUUUGUGGCUAAUCUGUCAAUGAACGGAAUGAUUAACAAUCAAGCGAACCCUAAUCAGAAGACGAAUAUGCCACCAACCUCCCAAAUUCCUUCCAAAUUUUCUGGCCAUAACGCUAUAAUACUUAGAAGACCGCCUAUACCACAACCACAACACUAUCCUCCCCCAAAUCAAAGACAACCUAUUCAAACGGUGGUUAACAACAGAUUUCAAUAUCAACCAAUUCCGACUGGACCGAGACCAACACGAUUUCAUUACCCACCGCCGUUUCCACCACCACCUCCACCACCGACGCCCCCUAAUAAUCAUCAGAAUUUCACACAAGUCAGGCCUGCGCCACAAAGGUUGAUUAUGCCCAACGGACUACCUUCUACUUAUUCACGAGGAAUGGAAAUGGGUUUGAACCAAUGGCGAUUCUAUAACCCACCUCUACCCCCCGUUUAUCGGCCUUCAUUACCUGUUCCUAGACCUCCAAGCCCUCAGCUCAACAAAGAUUCUUUCAUUGGUAACACGGCUGAUGGUGAUCCGAUCAAAAAAAUUAACAUACCCGUAGUAACGCCAAUCGUCGAUGAUAAACAGAAGAUGCUAGCCGAACUAAAUAAUGCAAUGAUGUCUCCAGAACUAAUGAAAAACCAGAACGACGACCCACCAAAAGAUCUUAAGCGUAAAGCUGAUGUACCAAUAGAUCUAGUAAAACCCAAACAUUCAAAGCCUGGCCCUUUGUCUAAGAAAACCAACAUAACCACGGAUUCCAGUAAUGUGAAAAUUCCCGAUAAAUUGCCUCCUGACACCGGGUAUUCUAACAUAACCACGGAUUCCAGUAAUGUGAAAAUUCCCGAUAAAUUGCCUCCUAACACCGGGUAUUCGCCACCGAUCUUGCCUAUAUUUACAUACCAGGAAUCUUUCAAAAUAUUUACGAUACCUUUACCCAACGAAAGUAAGAACUCUGGAAUGUCUGCUGCCAGCGACACAAAGAAUCGUACUCCGUUGAAAAAAACGACAUCUACAGCCAGUAUUAGGAAAUUAGAUAAGAACCACAAAAGAAUACCUCAUCACGAAAAUGGAGGCCAAGAUAAGGCCAAGAAAAUAACUUUUGAAGAUUACAGAAAAAGAGUUACAAAAGAUGAUGCUGACAAAAUGGAUGUUAAUAAAGUGAGAAAAUAUAACGAGUCUAAGAAUGCCGCAGACGAUCACAACCAAGAUCAGGGCUAUGACUCUGAUUCAACUGUCAAAUUGUAGAUGGUGUUCAGCUGUUGCUAGAUUUUAAGUGGCUAACUAGAAUAUAGUCAAGAUGAUU